AUGGAUAUGGCAGACACUUAUAAUAGGACAGACACUUAUAAUAUGGAUAUGGCAGACACUUAUAAUAGGACAGACACUUAUAAUAUGGAUAUGGCAGACACUUAUAAUAGGACAGACACUUAUAAUAUGGAGAUGGCAGACACUUAUAAUAGGACAGACACUUAUAAUAUGGAGAUGGCAGACACUUAUAAUAGGACAGACACUUAUAAUAUGGAGAUGGCAGACACUUAUAAUAGGACAGACACUUAUAAUAUGGAUAUGGCAGACACUUAUAAUAGGACAGACACUUAUAAUAUGGAUAUGGCAGACACUUAUAAUAGGACAGACACUUAUAAUAUGGAUAUGGCAGACACUUAUAAUAGGACAGACACUUAUAAUAUGGAUAUGGCAGACACUUAUAAUAGGACAGACACUUAUACUAUGGAUAUGGCAGACACUUAUAAUAGGACAGACACUUAUACUAUGGAGAUGGCAGACACUUAUAAUAGGACAGACACUUAUAAUAUGGAGAUGGCAGACACUUAUAAUAGGACAGACACUUAUAAUAUGGAGAUGGCAGACACUUAUAAUAGGACAGACACUUAUAAUAUGGAGAUGGCAGACACUUAUAAUAGGACAGACACUUAUAAUAUGGAGAUGGCAGACACUUAUAAUAGGACAGACACUUAUAAUAUGGAGAUGGCAGACACUUAUAAUAGGACAGACACUUAUAAUAUGGAGAUGGCAGACACUUAUAAUAUGGAGAUGGCAGACACUUAUAGAUAG